AAAAUGGAAAACGACGAAAAGCAAACCGUAAGCGUCGAGCAAGAUGUCGACAUGGACAAAGAUAUGGAAGUAUUCAUCGAACCUGAUAACGAACUCGAAGAAUUUGAUGAAAUAGACACCGUGGCUACAGUUGACGAUCCCGAAAUUUUAAAUUGGAAUAGUGAUUGGGAAUCAGCCGGGUGGGACGAUGUUGACGUCGACAGUGAUUUCGUCAAAAGGAUACUCCAAGAACUGGAAAACUACAGAAAAACAAUAGAAUAACAUAAUCUAAAACAUUAGUGUUUUGAAUUAUGCUGACCUAUACGACUACAACGUAAGAAAGCAGCAUUCUUUAUACGGUCACUCGGCUCCUGUAAUAUCAGACGCUUAAGUUGAUC